AUGUCGUGGUUAACGUUGAUAACGAUUGGCUUUUCCCUGCCCUCAGUACAGGCUCUUUUCGAUCCGCUCGUCACCCCUGGAGAAGUGUCGCCCCAUGUUCACCAAAUCAUCGGAGGGAAUGCGUUCAACCUCACGAUGCAUCCAGACCUCGACAUCCCGAAUGUCGCGACGUGCACUACAUGUCGGUUCAAAGAGAACAAAUCGAACUACUGGACUGCUGUGAUGUAUUUCAAGCAUCCCAACGGGAGUUUCGCGAGAGUCCCUCAAAUUCCCAACCACUUCACUGGGAACUAUAACGGAGGAAUGACAGUGUAUUAUAGCCAAGCUCCAAGUGGUAGCCCCCGAGUUACUGCAUUCCCAAAGGGCUUCCGAAUGAUCACAGGAAACCCAAUGCACCGCAGGAACCAGAACUACCCCACCACACGCGGAGAAGCCUGGGCGCUUAGCUUCAGGUGCUGGCAGACGACGGGUCCGUUCGAUUACUCAAACAGCCAUGCGAUUGGUCCUGGCCCGUUUGAUACCAUUAAUCUUCCGGAUAGGCCGUGUCCUGGAGGGAUUAGGAGUAAUACUUUCUUCCCGACGUGCUGGGAUGGCGUGAACACGGAUAGUCCUGAUCAUUCUAGUCACGUCUCGUUCUUUGAGUCACCCGCCGACCCUCGCGUGGGCCUCUUCGUUCAAAUGAACGGAAAGUGUCCCGACACCCACCCUGUUCAUAUCCCGCAGCUAUUCUUCGAGACGGUGUGGGAUACGCGUCCGUUCAAUACUAUGUGGCCUGAGGAUGGGAGUCAGCCUUUCGUUCUGAGUAUGGGUGAUCCGACCGGGUACGGCCAUCAUGGCGACUACCUUUUCGGAUGGGAAGACGGUGCGCUUCAGCGAGCGAUGGAUAACUGCUUGGAUAUUUUCGGAAGACCUGAGGACUGUACAGAGUUGACCCUCCAGACUGACGAAGAAAUGAACGCGUGUACUCUACCUUCUCAAGUGGACGAACAAGUCGAGGGUGGAUAUCUCCCUGAGUUACCUGGGUGCAACCCAGUUCAGCAUGGGCCUGAUCCUGCCACUAUGGUUCCGGAUUGUACAGCGAUUUCGACGACUGGAGUAGCUGCUGCUGCACGAGCUACCCCUCCGCCUACUUAG